ACGCUGGCUUGUACGUAGAGAACAGCAGGGAAAGAAAUUAUGGCGAGUAAACGCACGAUCAAUCGCACGGUAGAACUUAUGCUGACCAUGUUCGGUGUCUGGCCAGGUAUACCAUGUGUAAUACUCUACAGUUGGAUGAUUACGCUAGCAAUUAAUCAAUUCUUACACUAUCAGUACUUUGUAAUGCAUUUUAAUUUCAACAAUCUUUUCGACUUGAUGGACUGUUUAAGUAGUUUCUUGGCGCACAUGAAACUGACCGCUAUGCUCAUUAUCUCUUCGCUAAAGCAGCGAAAAUUUAUCGAAAUCUUGACAAUGAUGGCGGAAGACUGGAACGAUUGCGAUAAUACUGGCGUUGCGUUGCGCGAAACGGCAAGCAAAGCAAAACUAUCGAGUCGUAUUUGUAAUGGAUUAAUUAUUCUUCAUACAUUCGCCGGGCUUGCAUACGCCAUUGGCAUCCUCCUCGCCGAUGCCGACGUCACCGAUCGAACGGCUGAACUGCCUCUCAUGAUGAAAAUGGAAUAUCCCUUCGUCAUAGACACGCAACGCAAGUACAGUCUGGUAUUAGCUACGCAAUUCAUUUUCGUGAUGGCGUGCAGUUGGGGAACCGGUUUAUUCAACGCUUUGCUUCUAACUCUGACUCUACACGUGGUCAGUCAAAUAAACACCCUGCUUUGCUGGUUAACGGAAGUUGGAUCUAACGAAAUCGGAAAAACGAAUGAUUCAUUCGUCACAGCCAUGUCGAAAAUUAUUCGGAAACAUCAAAAAAUUAUUAAUCUUUCGGAGAACAUUGAAAAUCUCUUUUCAUACAUAGCUUUGUUGCAAUUCACAUCGAAUACGGUGAUAAUUUGCUCAUUGGGAUUUCUCAUUGUAACCGCAAUGGGCAGCCCAGACGCCACUGAACAAAUAAUAAAGUCUCUUUUAUUUUACACUCUAACGAAUCUCGAAGCGUUUAUAUUUUGCUUUGCUGGAGAAUAUCUGAGCAAUAAGAGCAAAGCAAUCGGCAAUGCGGCAUACAAUUUUGCUUGGUACGACAUAAAAGCUAAAGAUAGUUGCGUUUUAUUAUUUAUAAUUUUAAGAUCGCAGAAGCAAUUGAAGCUUACAGCGGGCAAGAUGUCGGUUCUCUCCUUAGAGUACUUCACAAAUGUAAGAUACGUAGAGGAAAAUCCCCUGUUAUGAGAUAAGCUCCUAGUAUCAUCUAUUGGACUAGUGAA